AUGCCCACACUACGUAUAUGGUCACGCAUUAGACACCAAACUGACGUCUCACCACAUCCCUCACCCUUCUACCCUCUAGCACACAACCCCAACUUUUUACCGGGCUUACGCCCCCAGUUCUUCCAUCAGUUCCCACUGACUCAAAAAACAAGAUACCCGAUGGUCAGCACGGUCAUCACACCAAAGGGGAUAGCUCCGCUGUCUGUCUUAACAUCCACAGACCACCCAACUUCCCAGCAAUAUUUCCAAUACGCCCAACUGUCACACUUCCUGAAGGGGGAAUCACACCUUCUUCGAGGAACAAGAGCACACACCAAAUAUGAAACCUACUGUACUACACACAGCCUACAAAUCAAGCACUUAUCUAUAUUCUACAAACUCCUUAACACCAUCAAUCUCACCCCCCCUCCCCCAUUCACAGCGUCAUGGGAAACUGAGCUGGGGAUCACCAUUCCAAUGG